GAGAAGAAAUACCCAAGGGGCUCAGCUAUACUUUCGUGAUGGCCCUCAGAUCCAGUAUUUUAAUGGUGACAUAUGAUUACUUGCUCCAACUAUGGAUGCUCCUCUACCCUGCCAUACCCGGGUGGGUGGAUGCUAUAGGCGAUGUGUUCCACAACACCGCAGUCGCCAUCGCCAUAACAACCAUCUCUGCAGUCUUUGGCCUCACCAUCAACACUGAGCUCUCCAGCCUCUCCUAUGUAGGGGCUACCCUCAUCAUCCUUUACGCACUCUGUUUCUCUAUCUCAGUUACCCUCAUCCUAAUUUCAAUCCUUUUCGAUCACUCCCUCAAACUCUUCCAUAUUAUCUUGGUUGGAAUCAAUCUCAAUCUUCUCCUCUUUGCUUUCGUAGUCCAUAUGACUAUUUUGCUCCCCCAAAUAAAGGAUCUGACGGCCCCUGCUGCUUUUUCUUUUUUGGGAUUCGACUCUUCUGCAUCAUCAUCCUCUGAAUUGUGAUGCACUAAAAUUAGGGAACAAUAAACUGUGUUGUACAUAUAACGGGAUUAGUAUGCAAUAGAGUUAUCAGCAUCCUAUAAAUUACUUUUUAUGCAAUUGAUUACUUUUUAGGGAAAACAUAAUACUAUUGCUUUUUAUGCUAUU